ACAUGAGAAAAGACGGUGCGCGUAGAAAUUGGUCAGAAUUGUGAAUUCGUAGUAGGAAAGAGGUUCCAUCAUUGAUUUUUGAUUUUCUAGUGACUGGAAAUGGCUGGAAUACGAGAUCGACUCUCGUGCCAAAAUAUUCUUAAUUUGCUUGUAAGAAUCCCCUUGGCAACUUUAUCAAUUCAUUUUUUCUCACAUUGGUUGUUCACCAGAGAUAGAGCAAUUCAAUUAAUACAGAUUUUCACAAAAAAUCCCAUGUUUCAUUUGCCCGGUCGUGCAGCUCAGGAUUUGAGCACAAUUCAGAAAAUGGCUCGAUUUUGGCCACCUCAUAAAGGAUAUGGAAUGGGGGAAUUCUCACUGGUAUUCACAAUUUGUCUCGUUUUGUUUAUAAAAUUAAUCGACUUCCCUACAGUAACCAAAUCAAUUUUCGGAAUCCGUUGCACAUCUCCAAUUCUCAAUUUCUUAGUGACUCCAAUUUACACAACAUUCAUCCCAUUCAUUUUACUUUUUCCAAUGAUGAGACUCUCGGAAAUGCACAUUUUUGUAUUACUUUUGAACUUUAUUCAUAUUCUUGUUUCUUCGUAUAUUGUCUAUGCUUUCUGGUAUUUCAUGAAAACCGAAAAGGAUUGUAAAGAGAAAACGGAGUAACCUUUAAUAAAAUGUCUAUUACAAUUUAUAUCAUUCAUUUUAUUACUUAUUAAUAAAUAUAUUAGAUUUAUA